AUGCGUGGUCUCACUCGGCCGUGGUCGCCUGAGGACUCGGCGAGCACAGCAUGUCUUUUGCAGGAAUCAUGUGAUGUGCACUCUGGCACCGUCCGAGAUUCUCCGCCCGCCGUGGCGGACAAGGCCAUGAGGCCACCCACCCAGAGGGCGGCGUUUCCUGCCGUGCGAGUCUGCAGGCCGGUGGGGACCUGGCUAAAGCCUUUGAAAGUCCCGGCGGCAGCUUAUCGCUCCAGGGAGGAGAGAGAGCGAUACCUUGUCGCUGCUGCGACGGCUAUGGGACGUGCUAUAGGGCAAUUCCAUCUACAGCACCAGCACAUGUCGGCCCCCCUAGACAUGCAGCCGGAGAGGUGA